AUGGAGGCCCUGACCAUCUCCAAGACCAAGGAAUUGAAAGGAACCGAGAAGCGCGACUCCCUGAUUGCUGUCGAGAAAAAGUACCAGAAGAAAUGGCAGGAGGACGGCGUCUUCGAGACCAACGCCCCGACAACGGCCGAGGUUCCCUUCCACUCCGUCUCGCCCGCCGAGCUGCGCGAGAAGCAGCCCAAGUUCUUCGGCACCAUGGCCUACCCCUACAUGAACGGCACCCUGCACGCCGGCCACACCUUCUCGGCCACCAAGGUCGAGUUCGCCGCUGGCACGGCCAGGAUGCAGGGCAAGCGCGCGCUGUUCCCCAUGGGCUUCCACUGCACCGGCAUGCCCAUCAAGGCCUGCGCCGACAAGCUGGUCAACGAGAUCAAGAUGUUCGGCGAGGACUUCUCCGGCUACAAGGAGGACGAGUCCGUCAUCGAGGAGCAGCCCAAGCCUGUCGCCAAGCAGACCAAGGAGGACCCCACCAAGUUCAGCACCAACAAGAGCAAGGCCAACGCGAAGACGGUCAAGAUGAAGUAUCAGUUCCAGAUCAUGCAGGCCAUUGGCAUCCCGACCGAGGAGAUCCACAAGUUUGCCGACUCCCAGUACUGGCUGCAGUACUUCCCUCCCCUGGCCAUCAGGGAUCUGACGAGCUUCGGCGCGAGAAUCGACUGGCGACGAUCUUUCGUCACGACCGAUGCCAACCCCUACUACGAUGCGUUUGUGCGCUGGCAGAUGAACCGGCUGAAGGAGCUGAACAAGAUCAAGUUUGGCAAGCGGUAUACCAUCUACUCCAUCAAGGACGGCCAGCCCUGCAUGGACCACGACCGUGCCGAGGGAGAGGCUGUCGGCCCUCAGGAGUACACUGCGCUCAAGCUCAAGGUUCUGGAGUGGGCGCCCAAGGCCGCGGAAGCCAUCAAGGGCAAGAUCCCUGAAGGUGCCAACGUCUUCCUGGUCCCCGCUACUCUGAGGCCUGAGACCAUGUAUGGACAGACCUGCUGUUUCGUCGGCCCCAAGUUGACGUACGGCCUGUUCAAGGUUGAUGACAACAACUACUUUGUCAUUACCGAGCGAGCUGCUCGCAACAUGGCUUACCAGGGCAUCUUCGCCAAGGAGGGCUCCAUCGAGAAGGCCGCUGAUAUCCAGGGUUCCGACCUUGUUGGAACUCUGGUCAACGCCCCUCUGUCGCUGCACAAGGAGGGUGUCAGAGUCCUGCCCAUGGAGACUGUCCUGCCCACCAAGGGCACCGGUGUCGUCACCUCAGUCCCCUCAGACAGCCCCGACGAUUUCGCAACCGUGACUGAGCUGGCCAAGAAGGCUGAUUACUACGGGAUCCAGAAGGAGUGGGCUGAGCUGGAGAUUUACCCCAUCAUCGAAACCCCGUCCUACGGCGACCUGUGCGCGCCUUUCCUGGUCAAGAAGCUCAAGAUUGCAUCGCCCAAGGAUACCAAGCAGCUGGAGGAGGCCAAGGAGCUGGCUUACAAGGAAGGAUUCUACCAAGGUAUCCUGAAGGUCGGCGACUUCAAGGGCGAGAAGGUUGAGACGGCCAAGCCCAAGGUUAGGAGCCAGCUGAUCGAGGCUGGCCUGGCCUUUGCCUACUCAGAGCCCGAGCGCAAGGUCGUCAGCCGAUCUGGCGACGAGUGCAUCGUCUCGCUGAUGGACCAGUGGUACUUGGACUACGGCGAGCAGUCUUGGAAGGAGACUGCCCUGAAAUGGGUCGAAAACGCCGACGGAAAGGGCCUGGAGACGUGGGCUCCCGAGACCAAGAACGGCUUCGAGGGCGUGCUGAACUGGCUGAACCAGUGGGCUUGCGCUCGGUCAUUCGGUCUGGGAUCAAAACUGCCCUGGGACCCUCAGUUCCUGGUCGAAAGUCUGAGCGACUCGACCAUCUACAUGGCUUACUACACUGUCGCCCACUACCUGCACAAGGACCUGUUCGGCCGUACCAAGGGCCUUGGCAACGUCGGCCCCGAGCAGAUGACUGAUGAAGUCUGGGACUCCAUCUUCUGCCGCCGCGAUAUCUCGGACGACAUCGUCGCCAGCUCCGGCAUCCCUCGCGCGACUCUGGAGAGCAUGCGCCGCGAGUUUGAAUACUUUUACCCCUUGGACCUGCGAAGCUCGGGCAAGGACCUGAUCCCCAACCACUUGACAUUCUUCCUGUACAUCCACCUGGCCAUCUUCCCGCCCGAGUACUGGCCUCGUGGCGUCCGAGCCAACGGCCACCUGAUGCUGAACGGCGAAAAGAUGGCCAAGAGCACGGGCAACUUCAUGACGCUCAAGGACAUGGUUGAGAAGUACGGCGCCGAUGCUUCCCGAAUUGCCCUGGCCGAUGCCGGUGAUGGUGUCAGCGACGCCAACUUUGAGGAAGACGUUGCGGACAACAACAUUCUGCGCCUCUUCACCCUGCGCGAGUGGUGCGAGGAGAUGGUCAAGGAACAGAACGAGCUGCGCACGGGCGAGAUCAACAACUUCCAGGACGGCCUGUUCAACAACGAGAUGAACGCGUGCGCCAAGGAGGCCAUCGAGCAGUACGGCCUGACCAACUACAAGCUGGCGCUCAAGGCGGCGCUGUACGAGCUGACGAGCGCCCGCGACUUUUACCGCGAGGCGUGCGCGGCCGGCGGCAUCAAGAUGCACAAGGACCUGGUGUUCCGGUACAUUGAGCUGCAGGCGCUGCUGAUGGCCGUCAUCGCCCCCCACUGGGCCGAGCACAUCUGGCUGGAGGUGCUGAAGAAGGAGUCGACGAUCCACAACGCGCGCUUCCCCGAGGUGCCGGCCGUGGACGCGGCGCUGUCGGCCAAGCGCGAGUACGUGCGCAGCACGGCCUCCAACAUCAACUCGGCCGAGGGCCAGCAGCUCAAGAAGAAGGCCAAGGGCAAGGAGGUCUCGUUCGACCCCAAGCGGCCCAAGAAGCUGACCAUUUACAUGGCGGCCAAGUUCCCGGCGUGGCAGGCCAAGUACAUUGACCUGCUCAAGGAGCUGUGGGACCCGGCGACGAAGAGCGUCGACGACAAGGCGCUCAACGGGCGCAUCGCCAAGAUGGGCGAGAUGAAGAAGGCCAUGCCCUUUGUGCAAGGGCUCAAGAAGCGCCUGCAGGCGGGCGAGCCGGCGGGCGUGGUGCUGGAGCAGAAGCUGGCCUUUGACGAGAAGGAGACGCUGACGCAGAUGCUGCCCGGCCUCAAGCGCACGUCGGGCCUGUCCGUCUGCGAGGUGCUCGUCGUCGAGGAGGGCGGCAAGAAGGGCGUGCGGCUCGACGACGGCCAGGAGGUGGACAUUGCGGUGCCCGUGGCCGAGAACGCGGUGCCUGGCCAGCCCACGUUUUUCUUUGAGAAUGUCGAGGCUUAG